AUUUGUUUUUACAACUACUGGACUUACGUGGGCACGUGCUCAUUUUCCAGCGCGAACACGGCCUCGGGCCCGGCUGCUCAUUAACCGUUAUAUUAUGUUUGGAGGCAAGAGGGUAUUCCAUAGCGCUCCACCACUUGACGCAACAAAUGAGAAAUCUGGGAGUAUCAUCCUGCGUCACCUGGUUGUUACGGAAAUGUUUAUGUCAACAAUGUGAGCGUUACACAGUGGCUAAAGAAUAGGGACUUGUGACUCGAUGGUGGCGAGGAUCUGAUUCCCAAGUUAACUGCUUCACUCACUCGCGAGCAAGCUGUCUAGCCUGUCUGCAGCGCUACGGGGAAUAUUUAACCGCACUACCGGAUAAUGUUCAAAAGGAAAUCUCUGUCUUGUCUGGGUUUCGGGAACUUGCCACAGUAAAAAUAAGGCUAUCAAAAAUACGACCAUCGCACCGGUCUGCAAUAAAACUCAUCCGACUCAGAAGCUUCGACACUGGUUGAUUGAACUUGUCUUGCUCCGCAAACCAUUUGCAUUUGUGCUCGGGGAUAUUUUUUCUUGACGGAAACCAGUCUGCGGCUCUAUGCGUCUGCAUUUAGCGGGACGAGUGUGGUUGUUUCCAUGGUUACCGAAACGCCAGCUUCACUCGCGUCAUCACUUCAAAAGCCACCUUCGCACUGAUCGGAUCCACUCAUCCAUUGUUUACCGAGGGAGACAGGAAGGGCCGCCGCGGAUGCGCGCGGCCGGUAAUCUGUGCGUCCGCUAUUCAAAAUGCUCGCGCAACCGAAGCCUCGUCCAUUUGAUGUUUUCCUUUGUUCAAGCGCUUGGUUUUCAGUUUUGCGCGUAGCUUCGGCUCCAGCUCCGGCUCACACUCGCAGAUUAACAUUUGUCACUGAAAGGAGCAGGUUGGCGUUUCACUAAUUUUUGAAGUCGUUGUCGUCUCUUGGCCAGUCCAGUGUCAAUGAUCCACUGCCAGGGUAGCCGGAGUGAGGACAGACCGCGUGACGUUUGGAGCUCCAGAGAAAGAUAACGGCGCGUAAAAUCAUUGCUAUUUCCACAUCCAGCCACCUGCCGUUUUUAUUGCUCGUUUUUCCCCGUCUUCGGUGGCACCGGAAACUGGAGGUGCUCCCGGUGUGUGAGGUUUGUCCUCCUGUGUUUCACGUCCAGGACUGGUGCUGUACCGCAGCGGCUGAUUCCCGCCGAAGCGCUGGCCUCAGGAGACCGACUGUUCGGCUCUGUCAUGUGACACAACGCCUGGCUUCGCUCUCGCCGUCCCGCGGAAAGGUAGGCCAGGUCUGCCGUUGCCGGGGGCGAUGAUGCAGAGGGCCCUGCCAGGGCCUCCGUCCCAACUGGACACAGAGGAUGAGCAGGAGGAGGACCAGCAGCUAUCCCAGAAUCCCUUGCAGGCGGCCCACGUCGCGUGGUCGGAGAGGGCGUGGAGGAUCGGGGUGUCGGCCGGCUACUUCCUGUGUGUCUGCGUGCUCUCCCAGAUCAUGGGGGCGUGGGUCCUGUACAUGCUGAAUGGAUAUGAGGCAUUUCCGGCAGCGCAUAAAGUCCUGGACCUCAUGCAGUACCUGCUGUCACCACUGGGGGUGUUCAGUUCAGUGGAGGAAGAGACGUCCCAGCCCUCACAGAGGGAGCUGUGGAGGACCGAGAGUGUGCGCCCCCUGCUGGUCACCAUCUUCCUUGGCUUCGUUAUCCUCAGUAUUGGGGUUCUGUACUGCCUGAGGUCGUUGACCCCAGACGGCUGCCCCGCCCUCUUGGACGACAGGCGUCAGUCCGUCAGCCGCCAGCCCUCCUUCACGUACUCCGAGUGGACGGAGGCCAAGCAGGACGAGUUCGACCUGGACUCCGUGCCCGAGACGCCCGUCUUCGACUGCGCCAUGGACAUGAGGGGCGAGGCUGACCCCGUGACCCUCACCGUCAAAUCUGUGGGCCUGCAGGAAAGGAGGGGCUCUAACGUGUCCCUCACGCUGGACAUGUGCACGCCCGGCUCCACGGAGCCCUAUGGUGCGCUGCUGUCGCCGCGGGAACAGUCUGCGCAGGAGUACCUGCAGAAGGCAUCCAACGUCCUGCAGGCCUCCCAGCUGCGCAGCCGGGCGCUGGACGACUCCGCCCUGCAGACCGAGUUCUACGAGACCCCCAUGAACUUUGUGGACCCCAAAGAGUACAGCUUUCCUGGAGUGGUGAGAAAAAACCGGUACAAGACCAUCCUCCCGAACACGCACAGCAGAGUUUGCCUUGAAACCACCGACCCGGACGACUUCCUCAGCACCUACAUCAACGCCAACUACAUACGGGGCUACGGCGGUCAGGAGAAGGCCUACAUCGCCACGCAGGGCCCCACGGUCAACACCGUCAGCGACUUCUGGAGGAUGGUGUGGCAGGAGAGCUCGCCCAUCAUCGUCAUGAUCACCAACGUGGAGGAGAAGAACGAGAAGUGCACGGAGUACUGGCCCGAGGACACGGCGCUGCACGAGGGCGUCCGGGUCACGGUGCGGCAGGUGAUCCAGGCGGACGACUACAGCCUGAGGAUAUUCUCCCUACAGUGUGAGGGCGAGCAGCGCAGUCUCAGGCAGUACUGGUACACUUCCUGGCCCGACCAGAAGACGCCGGACAAGGCCCCGCCCCUCCUGGAGCUGGUGCAGGAAGUGGAGGAGGCGCGGCAGCAGGCCCCGCCCGGGAGCGGCCCAGUCAUCGUGCACUGCAGUGCAGGGAUUGGUCGGACCGGAUGCUUCAUCGCCACCACCCUGCUCUGCCAGCAGCUGAGGAACGAGGGCGUGGUCGACAUCCUGAGGACCACCUGCCAGCUGCGUCUGGACAGGGGGGGUAUGAUCCAGACAGCGGAGCAGUACCAGUUUGUCCACCACGUCCUCAGCCUGUAUGAGAAGCAGCAGUCCCAUUCUUCUGAAGAGUAGGUGUUCCCCCCCCCCCCCCCCGCCCUGUCCCCCUCCCUUCCUCCUCUCCUCCUCCUGGAAAAAAACCAAACCCACUGAACGAAACGAUCCGACCCGGAGACGGAGGAAGCCCAAGUAGAUAUCCCAGCAUCCUCCUGGGCUCGGCACACCUGAGGGAGGAGCCACAGUAGAACAGACCUGACCACGGUGCGCCACUGUGCUCUGACACAUCUGUCAUCUGUGCUCUCCUACCGCGGAGUCAGUCGUCAAAGUAUCUACAGUGGCGACAUUAAUCUUCGAAUACCUACCGUAGAGUCGGCUGUUAGGACAGCAACUGUGGCAUCAGUCAUCUUUGAAGAUCUACCCUGGUGUUAGUCAUCUGUUAGAAUCUGCUGUAGAAUCGGCCAUCUGGAAUAUCUUCUGAAACUUUCAGUUAUCAGUGCAUAUCUGCUGUGGGAUCAGUUAUCAGUGCAUACCCGCUGUGGGGUCAGUUAUCAGUGCAUAUCCGCUGUGGGGUCAGUUAUCAGUGCAUAUCCGCUUUGGGGUCAGUUAUCAGUGCAUAUCCACUGUGGGGUCAGUUAUCAGUGCAUACCCGCUGUGGGUCAGUUAUCAGUUGGUUUCAGUCAGUGAUGAAUAUCUGCUGUGGAAUCUGCCUUUUGCUGGAAGACUUUGAGGAUCCUCUUUUCAAGCCCGAUGUCUGAAUGUCCAACAGACCCACACCUACACAGUAGACUCACACCUGUACAGCAGAGUCACACCUGUUCAGCAGACCCACACCUGUACAGCAUUCACACCUGUACAGCAGAGUCACACCUGUUCAGCAGAUCCACACCUGUACAGCAGAACCACACCUGUACAACAGAUCCACACCUGUACAACAGAACCACACUUGUACAACAGAACCACACCUGUACGACAGAUCCACACCUGUACAGCAGACCCUCACCUGCCCAGCAGAUCCACACCUGUGGAGACCUGACUGGAGUGCGUUUCUGCUCACAAAGGCCCUGUUUGGGUUAUGCUCGCGUGAUAUUCCUUAAAUCUGCAUUUCACACGCACUGGAACGAUCAUGACUUUCUGUGACCUCACAGCGAGAGAAUGACUCGAGGCCUCCCGGUGUGUAGAGAGCAGACAGAGGGGCAGAGACGGAUGCCAGCGGGAACGUCCGGUCAAGGCCUCGCUGUGGUGUGACCUCUGUGUGACCUUCAGAUGGAGCAGGGAAGACCGGGACCACAAACCCCAUCCCCACGUCCACCUCCAGUAUACUGAGGCACAUCACACCUCAUCCUAAUACAAGACAAACGAUGUUCCUCAGAAGUAUUACAAGUAUGAGUGUGUGUGAGUGCGUGUGCAAUCACGUGUGUCUGUCUGUCUGUCUGUUAAUAGCCAAUGAGGGCUGUCAGUUGCUGUAAGUGUAAUCUGAAGUGAUACAAUGGUCAGGGAGGGAAUUUACAGGAAUGAACCAUUCCCAUCCACUCCAACGAGGCACGUCUUUUUUAAUAUCCAAGCCCCUCCUCUCCUCCCUUUCCACCCCCUACAUUCUCCUGAACAAAUGAGUGAGAGAGAGAGAAAAAGAAAGAGAGGCAGUUUGUGUGUUUGGCCCUCCCCAGGUCUCAGUGACUGCAGUUUCGUGAUAAUAUUGCGUUUCUGGUUUAUUUCCCAGCAGCCUCUGGGGUUUUAUAAACAACAACAACUGCGCAUGCUCAGUAAAAGACUAGACACUAGACAGUGGUCCAAUAUCCAGAGUGAAAAAAAAAUGCCCUCAAGUUAGAACAAGUUUUUUGAUUGGCACCAGAAAGUGUAUAAUUCAUGCGUGUACUAAAAUACACAUGUUUGUCUGUCUGUAUGUAAACACUGUAUGUGUCUUUCUGUGUACGUCUUUACCUAUGGAUGUUUUAUGUGGAUGUAUGCUCUAUGAAUGUAUGAACAGAAUAUUAUGUACUUAUGUACUUACCUACGCUAGUACAUACGUACAUUAUGAAUGUAUCAAUGUAGAUUGCUGUUUAUGCUGAUGUCAAACUCUUGAAUAUAUAAAAUGCUGCAUCAAGAGUUUUUUUUUAGUGAUCAAAAUGCCGAUAAACUGUAUAAGAGACCGUCCCAUCUAAGAUGGCGGGGUGAAACAGGACUUUAUUUGGUGGAGUCGUCUAUGGAUCAGGCUCUCCUUUCUUUUGUGGGGGGGGGGGGGGUGAUAUUUGAUUAUCUUCGUCUUGUUUGAUUCAUGUGAAACGUACGGUGCGCAGAUCUAGCUAGUUUAGCUGCCGGGCAGGAGGCGUAAACAAAAUGGUGGAAAACGGAAGCACUGCUCUCUUACGCUUCGUUUUCCCACAUCCCUUCCCUUGCUUCAUGUCUUGCUCCACAAGACCCUAGGGAACCAAAUCAUGACGUUUCUUCCAUGCUGAUCUCUGCAGAAGGAAUGGCUUUCUGCAUCAAUCCCAUCAUGCUUUGCUCUCGCGAGCGCAGUGUGCGUCCGCAGACAGAUCCCCCAAAACUAGUGUUUAUUUAUUUAAUGUUUAUUUGAUAGGGACAGAUACAGUUAAACGUAGAUUAUUGUCAAACAAUAUCCAGAGUUUCUCCACUCUGGUCCUGCAGAGCCGCAGUGUCUGCAGGUGACCACCGUCACUCAGCACAUAACUGACCAAUAAAACGUGAUUGGUUACUAAUGAUGAGGGAGUGAGGUGGUGGGUGGAGCUUCAACAAGCUGUCCGUCACUGAUUUGAACCAAUUAAGAUUUUGAGCCCUGCCCACUUUUAUUUUUCUUUUCUCCAGGAAGUGUCACUACCGCUGUUGUUUACAAUGUUAACUCCCCUUACCUGGUUUCCUGUGUUUUAAUUGGUUGCUGAUUUUUUAAAAUGUGGAAAACAAUAGAAAGACCCUGCAGAUUCUCCUAAUUCACCUGGACAUUGAACUCCUGCAUUUCUCUCUUUCCUCUUUGCUUCAUAACUACCGGAGGGUCUGGUUGGUAACAAGAGUUUUUGGUGCUGUAUUUUAGUACAGAAUUUUCAGAAAAUGCGCCAAAUUGCAGCUGUGAAUGAAUCUUGAAUUCAAAUCAUAUGUUAAAGAUAUUAUUCAACAUUGUGACAGUUUGGGGGUCAUAAUUUCAGGAGCCUUUGAUGAUUUUUGGGAGGUGAUUAUAUGUUUGAAAUCAUCUGUGCUUUGGAUUUUCUGAUGUCAUGCCUAAUUGUGUUGGUUAAAUUAUCAUGGGUAUGCUGUUAAAACAGUUAAAGGGCUUGUGCUUUUUUUUAUUUUAUUUUUUUAGGUCAGAGUGAGGUAUGGUGAUAGCAGAACAAAAUGAGGGUGAGAGAUGGACAAACCUCCGUUUGUUACAGGGUACGAGAAUUUCACCACGGUCCCUUCUGCGCCUUGAGUGGUUCUGUAAGGGGGGGACCGUGGUAAAUAAGGAUCAGCGUGUGUCUGUCCUUCGAUGAAUCCACAAUGCAUAACAAAUCUCUCAUUGCGAAUGAACAUUUACAGUUAAAUGCAAAACUGUCCAAAUACUUUUACAUUUAACUGCGCAUGAAGUUUGUCAUGCAUGGGACUCAUUAGAUAGAUUAAUCUUUUUUUUUAUGAAGUUAUCAUAAACAUUGAGAUAGGACAGUUGUGACAUCAGUUUACUAGUGGAAAACCUUCAAUCACACAUCUUCAUAACUGCCAGUUGAGCAACACUGUCAGUGAUUGGUGGAAACGAUUUCCUGGAUACUUACAGGUAUAAUAAAAGAAGGCUACUAUGUUGGUGUCAUCAAUUUUUUCAUAUAAUCCUAGAAGUAUAGCCACAAAGUAUCUACCAAUCACUGUCAAUGUUACUGGAUAUACAUAGUUACCAAUGUAACUUUUGAUUGGUUGAUUUCCUCUCUGUUUUUAGUACGGUGAUGUUAUGAAUGAUCUAUUGUCACUGGGCUAAAAUAAGAUGUUACUUAAAAUGGAUCCAAAAAAAAUCUAAAUAUGUAUAUUACAGUAACCUACACAUGUUUUAGGUGCUAAUAUAUGCCUUUGUUACUUCUAUUAUUUAUUUAUUUUUUUUCAGCGCAUAAAUUGUAUGGGAAGAUUUUGCAUGUUACUGUACAAAGAUUGUUCAGAAGGGAUAGACAUUAUGAAGCACAAAAACUGAACUGUUAGCUAGUAUUUGAUGCUCAGUUAAUUCACAUUUUUGCUAAAAUAUUCACUGUAUUAUUUUUAGCAGAAUGCACGUGUAGAAUUUUUAAAUUGUCCACAUGCGAGGCUCACAGUCACCCCGUUGUGCUUUCUGAAAGGCUGCAUCACACAGUGUUGAACAUUCUUGUACAUUUUUCAUUUGUACAAAAGGACGAUUUCGCGAACCUUUUGAUAACGUUCCUCCCCCCUUCCUUACCUCGGUACAUCCUGUACAGAAAUGAAAAGUAGAUGAAUACGCUGCCUCACUCACUGCUUGUCUGCUUCGUUUUGGUUUAUCAGUGGUAAUAUUAUGUAUCGUGGGUAAGGUGGUUUCUCUUACCUCAUUGAUAGGUUUCUUACCUCAUUGAUAGAAAUUGACUGUCUACGUACCUCUCUUUGAUAAUUUAUUUUGUUUUCAUAAUUGGUUUAAUUGUUUUCUUAAUUGGUAUAUAAUUAGCAUUACCUUCUUAACAUCGCCAUGGAUACGGGAAUUUGGAGGUGGCAGGGACCAGCCGUGAAAGCAAAGUCUGCUCGCUGAGCCUGGCUGGCGAUUCAUGGCCAAACUUCCGCCAGAUCAGCUCCCACGGUGGUGCGUUUUCAAACCGACACGGCUAAUUCAACAAUAACAAUCAUUUUUUUUAAAUCACGUGAAAUGAAGUUUCAUUAUGAGACAAAAUAACAUGGAUCCGGUGAAGGAAAACGUUUGUAUUUUUUUCUGUAGAUAGUCGAUACACACUGUAGGCCUACCUGGUCUGCGCCUUUGGGAAUUUUUGGUUUGCUUUGACGAUACACCAGUCGAUGGGCAUCUUCUCAUGUCUUCGCUUGAAGCAAAGCUGUUGUUGCUCCCAGGAACGGUAUCAAUUUCACAUUUAUACAUCUUAGUAUCAGGUCCCCGCAGCCUGAAAGUACGAGCUUCAAAGAAUUACCGAAUGUAUAUUUCCAUUUUCUGUGAAUCACAUGGACUGUGUUUAAUUUUCUUGUUCGUUGAGUUUGCAGAUAAACCACGCUGUGAACUCAAGAGCCGCAUUAAACUCACAGGUACAGCCUAACACUAUACAUAUUACACCUGCAGUAAAACAGAACUCACCUCAGAGGUAAAAAAAAAAAAAAACAAUAGCUUUGUAUGAAUCAAGAGGCACAAACAGUUGCUAAAUAAAUACAUGCGUAUGUUCACUGGCAGCUAUCGGAAUCAUUGUGUUCUACUGUACAGAUGGUUAUUUUCUAGACUUGACAAACUGCUUUUCCAGAGCUUACCUCCUAUAAGUUUAAUGUGGCUUUUUCUGUUGUUUACACUUCUGUUUGUUUUGUUGAUUUUUGACUUUAGUUAACCGUUUUAGGGGUAGUGAUGUAUAAGCUUAAACUGUCAAGCUUUUUUUAUAUAAGCAGGGCAGCCAAUCAGCAGGCAGCAAGCACAGGCACGUGACCCAAGCCCCUUUCCCAUUAUUUUUCUCUGUGGAAAUGGAAUUGUGUUUUGCAUCGUAAUAAAAGCAGACUUGAUUGAA